AUGGCUGAGGAGAUGCCCGAAGUGGAGGGUACAUCACCAGCCGCUGGUGCGAGGACCGCUGGACACCGGAAUCCUUCAAUCUCAACCGAGAGCAUGCUUCCAGAGCUACCACCGCGAUGGGAUAAAGCACUUUAUAGCAGACCCGAGAAUUUAGUGAAUCCUGUACUUAUAGGCUACGAUUUACCAAAAAUAAAGAUAGGGAAAGAUGUGUCCAUGCACAAAGUGGACACUAGACUAUGGCGACCAAGGACUAUGCUGAAGGAGGGUUCCGAGCUGACCCUCCGUGCCUGGCAUGGUGGUGUUGGAGGCCAGUGGUGGGUGCUCAUGGUCGAGAGUGAGGGACAACGCCGCAUCUCCCCGUACCUCACCAGCAUCAGGGUAUCGGAGCACCCCCAUCCGUAUGGCUUGAUAGACCUCUCUGGUAACGUGAAGAGGAUUAAAUUACUUCAGCAUAGCCCCCCUGCGGCUGUCGAGGCUCCGACUAUCAAUCAGAUUCCUGAUCUUUGCCCCUCUCUGGAGACAGCAACCGAUCGUGUGUUUGCACAGGGCUUCUUGAGCAGUCCUUCGAUGAGGCUCUCCCCGGACAUGCUUACUGUGUUCCGCUACGAGGGCCUCAAACAAGCGGUUGCGUUCAUCCGCAUACCAUUGCCGACGAGAAGUACCCCGACUAGAAUAGCGGUCAGAGUUCUUUCCACGAUAAAGUGCGGUCCGAAGAGCAGUAUGGCCCUCGGCUUGUGCUCGUCGAAGUCUUUGCCAAAGCGCCGUGUGGAUAUGACGUACAUCGACAAUGCUAGCGACCUCAAAGGACCGGCUUUCGUCUGCGGGUAUGAGCUCCCCAUUGUUUUCGACAUACCAGAGUGCCUUGAGGGGGACCCACCAUCGGAGAAGGUCCCAGCGACACUCCUACGACCAAGAAAGUUUGUCUCGGGUGACGUCUUUAAACUGAGCGUCUGCGUCGAGCCAGAUGCCGAUGGUCGCGAGAAGUGGAUGGUCCGAGUAUGGCAGAACGAAAACGAUAUUGCAGUUACUCGAGAGCUCCCUGUGGACCUCGUGAAGAUAUGGAAAGAUGAGGGGACCUUAGUCGGCAUUGUGGACAUGGCGGGGAAUGUGAAUGCAGCAAGAUUAGUCUAUAAUGAGGCUGAGGACACUGAGUUCCCCUGUCCAAGGGGCUGUAUGUUCCACCUCUAUGGUCUGAGCUCUAAUGUCCGUACCCCUUCCCAUCGGGAUGACACCAGUUUCAUCCAUCCUGGGCCAGUCGAUGGGGCGUACCGUAUUGGUCGCCAUCGACAAUGCAACCUGUGCAUUGACUCCGCUUAUAAGUCAGAGUUGGUCAGCCGAAAUCACUGCAGCAUCUCAAUCGAAGACAAACAUUUGGUUGUAACUGAUGGAGGCGGGAUAAACGGCACCUUUGUAAAUCACAAGCGUCUAGCUUCCAGGUCUUCACAAACUCUCUUGCAAGGUGAGUGUACCAUCUAG